AUGAGAGCCCAAAGCAUCAUCAAAAAUGUCUUGAGGGCCGUGGCCACCGCCUCCAGUCUAGUUGCUGCCAAGCCGGUCCUCCCUCGCUGGACUGUUGGGCAGUCAGUGACGACUUCCAGCGGCCCCGUCGCAGGACAUGUUGCUGCUGGCGUCGAACAGGUAUCCGAAUAUUUGGGCAUUCCGUACGCUCAGCCGCCGAUUGGGCCCUUGCGCUUCCAGCCUCCAGUCAAGUUUACCGGUGCUUCUCCUAUCAAUGGCUCAGACUUUGGACACCAAUGCAUGCAGCCGGCGAACGCUCCUACUAGUCUGGAAGCUAUCAUGAAGCUCGGUAUUCCCGCUUCGGCUGUUGAAGUGACCAAAGCGUUGGGUGACACGGGCUCUCAGAGCGAAGAUUGCUUGACCUUGAACGUGUGGACCAAGCCACAAACCGGCGAUUCGAAAAAGGCUGUCAUGGUCUGGGUUCACGGGGGUGCUUUCACCACAGGAAGUUCCCGUAUCCCAGCGUACAACGGAAAGUUCAUUGCAGACCAGAAUGACGUGGUGGUCGUGUCCAUGAACUACCGCCUCAACCUCUUCGGAUUUCCAGGCAACCCGGUCACCGCCCCGAAUCUUGGAUUCCUUGACAUUCGCCUGGCAAUGGAAUGGGUCCGCGAUAAUGUGGAGAAAUUUGGCGGCGACGUCAACAGAAUCACCAUCUUUGGGCAAUCUGCCGGGGGUUCCUUGGUCGACUACUACUCUUACGCAUACGCGUCCGACCCCAUCGCCAGCGGUUUCAUUCCCAUGAGUGGCACGGCUACUGGAUUCGGUAUCUUCACCAACCAGACUGUGAACGCGAAAUGGUUCAACGUCACGUCAGCGGUCGGCUGCGGUAACAACUUGACCGACCCCAAGGUGGUCUCUGACUGCAUGCUCAGCAAGCCCGCCACGGAUCUUCUCACCGGCCUUUCUUCGCAAGAUGCCGGUAUCGCUUCCGCUGGAGGUCUCUCUUUUGCUCCUGUGGUAGAUGAUCGUCUUAUUUUUGCCGACUACAGCAUCCGCGACUCGGCCAACGCAGGGUAUCUCAUCGGCAACACUGAAAACGAGGCUGGGCUCUUCAAGAUCGGAGCACCUGACUUCAAUGAGACAUAUUGGUUCGGUUUCAACCUUGUCGCUUUCAGUUGUCCCGCUGCCAGAAGAGCCGCGCGGGCCGUCUCCGCGGGCCAUCCGACAUGGCGAUACCGUUAUUUCGGCGACUUCCCUAACCUUGCUCUUACAACAACGCCGCCCAGUGGAGCAUGGCACGCAUCCGAGCUCCCUGUUCUCUUUGACACCGUGCCCCAGGCGGCAAUCAACAGCACAGCGCAGGAGGUUGCCGUGGGCAAGUACAUGCGUGGUGCGUGGGCAGCCUUCGCAAAGGACCCAGUGUCUGGUCUCCUCAAUUACAACUGCCACGGCACGUGGCCGAACUACCAGGCCGACGGUAACACUCUGAACCGAAUUUCAUUCCAAAACCAGACAGGUGCCGAUUUGGCUCAGGGCGACGCUUAUGACGGCUUCUGCGCGCAAGUAGGAGUCCCCGUUGCUUGA